AUGCAGUUUCGCUCUCCCCGCUUGUUAUUUUCGAUGGCUUUGAAAGAGAGAACCCCGAAAGCCAUUUGGUGCUCUGUGAAACCUUCCUCAAAAAUUUGUUCCCCCCAUCAAAUUUCUCUUCACAUGAAUAUUGCAGCCGCAAAAAAGGAUCCCACCGACCAGGGCGUUUCUGCCGAAUUGAAGCUUUCAAAAAAGAAAAAGGCUACAAGAAAGCUGCAUCUUGUGGAGACGGGCCCUCGCCUGGCUCUCACUCUAUUUCAGGUGCAGGAGGGCUUCUGUUCUGGAAAAGAUAUCUACCUCCGCGACCUCAGGAGGACCGAAUUGAAUGCUGGAUCUAAUGAUAAUCAAAUGCUAGAAAAUAGUGAUUCUGAUGGUGUCAAUGGUGGUCGACAUACUGGCAAUGACGAAUAUGACGACGAAGAAGAAGAUGAUGAAAAUGCAGGUAUCAAAAAAGCUUUUUUAAUCAUUUUAGCAGACUCUUCAUGCUGCUCCUUUGAGGAUCCACAGGUUUAA